AAGUCCUAGGGUAGUAGUAGCAAUAACCUGUGUGUGUUGUUUGUUGUUAGUAAAAAAAGUAAUAGAAAGGACAAAUACGAUUGCAGCUCGACCAUGAGCUGUUUAGGCGAUUGUUUGGAUUUAGGUCCGCCGCCUGAUUCAAUUUUAUUUUUACCACCGCCUCCGGUACCUUCUUUCUUGCAGCAAUCGCUUCCCGACCUCUUACUAAAUACUACGCCUUGUUCUGCUGCGCAAAUAUGCGAGUCAACCUCAGCACCAAACAGGAUUCCAGAAAGCGGGGAUUAUAUCGAACUUCCUAGAAAAGAUGUAGAGAAUUGGUCUGGAAUUGGUGAUACUUGGUUGUUAGUAUUAGUGGCGUCUUCUAUUGGAGUUUUAUUAUUAGGAGCACUAUUAGCUAUGUUCCUUCUAAAAUGUAGAGAAAUGAAUAUGUUUGGUGGCAACGAUUGCUCAUUGCAUCGACAAAUGAAGAACCAUGAACCAAGAGAAUGCUCGGGAGUACCUAGUUUAAAUGGUACCAAGAUGAUACACCCUACGGAUACUGUUCUAUAUCACGGCACUAAUGUCCAAGACAAUCGAAUGGUUUGGGCAACGUUAACACCGAGAGGGACACAACAUUUUAUUUCCGAAAAUUAUCCAUCAGAUUUAAUCGAUUAUGGAGAAGAGGAUCAUUAUGAAACUAUUGAUAAUAUUGGAGCGGUAGUACCACCUGUACCCCCUUACCCGAAAGUCUUAGAAAAAUCGAGUUUUGACAAUUCUGGCUUCCUAGAUUACGAAUACGAAGACCCGACACCGCUGAUCGAAAGCUAUCAACUUAACAGCAUAGAACCAGAUUCAUCGCAUUAUCAAAUGAUUGGUAACACCGACAUGCGCUGUUCAAGUUUGAAUACUUUAAGACGCAUUCCUAUAUCAAGACCGAGAGUAUCGUCACCUACUAGAAUAGAACACCCUAACUUACCACCUUUGAAUCUCUAUCCGCAUAAAGGUACCUUGAAGAAAAAUGGUACUUUAAGUUACAGAGCAGUUGAAAAUAGCACUUUGCCAAAAUAUGGUCUGUAAUUUUUUAAGCUUUAAAUGUAUCAUUUUGUUCUCGAUGUGAUACGAUAUAAAUAUUAUCCAGAAAAACUAUUUCCAAUAGCGAACAUUUGUUUUUCAAAUAUAUCAAUUAUGAAGAUGAUGAAUGAACUGUUUAAGAGUAAAUCACUACACCAACACAUAUCUACUACAUGAUCUGACAUUCGAUUCGAUAAUCGAGUUAUAGUCAUUUAUAGUCAAUUUUUUUUUGUCUAUAACGCGGCUCUCAUUUAUAAUAAUGGUUAUGGUCAAAGACUCACAUAUUCUUUUUAUUCAGCCGAAACAGUUCCAAACAAGAAUAUUUAUAAGCUCAGAAGUUAUUUACUUCAAACACAAUUAAGAAACUGAUUGAGGAAACUAGACUGGUUGUCGUUCGAUAGGUGAAAAAUAUAGAAAUGCUAUUUAAGGUGACCUCUAUGUAUCAAACAAGGGGCUUAUCCUCCAAGCUAUACUUGGAUUACAGUUGGGGGUUUUUGGUAUGAAUUUCGUGGUUCUUUCAAAUAGUUGGCAACACUAUUUUAGAAAACCACAACAGACUCUUCUUGAGAAAAUUUUAUCUGAUUAUUUGGUUCCAUACUCCAAUUUCUACAAAAUUAUAAAUUUUCCAACCGACAAGUAAAUCACACAAAUUUAUUAGGUAUUAAAGGAAAUAAUGGAGAAAGUUUUUCUUGGACAUAAUCUGAAUGUACUUUAUAUAUAUAUAUAUAUAUAUAUA